CCGCGAUCUUGCAUGGAUCAGUUCCAGUGAUGACGUGAUUUGACCACUGCUCAUGACGUAUACUCCGGCAGCCAUAUUGAAAAUUGCAACGUGUGUUGAGUGCUUGCUUCUAGAGUAAAUAAAGGGAAGUGCUAAAAACAGCUAGCGAAGGCCGAUAGGACGUACGAUAUUCCUGACUUUGAAGUGCAUCACACGUAUUGGAAGAUGUUCUCAAUAGGGAAGUUAGUCGCUUUGUCGUGCUGGAGCCGAACACAGUUCUUCAUGUUGUGGAAGCCAUUCCUGUUGGCGUUGGUGCUAAUCUGUGAUGUCUGUUUAGGUGCAACAGUGUCUUUAGAUAGGUCUUACCAUAUAGGAAUGUCGGACGAGCCGUUUACAUUCACGUGCGUGAUCCAACAGGCAGGUGGUCUUGUGGAUACAGUGGAAUUUUUCAAUUCAAAUUCAGAUAAACCAAUUGCUACUUUCCAACAGAAUAGUGCUCUAUGUUACGUGCUGAUUACACGACAAGAUCACUCAUCAUCCUGUGGGAUUGGAACUGACAGCAACUCGUCCACCACCAAGAAGUAUAUUUUAAAGAUUAACAGCAUCACAGAAAGUGACCAAACCUACUGGCGGUGUGGAUUGAAAAGGGCUAACACAUUCUCUGAGUACAUUUAUCAACACGUUUUAAGUGAAAGGGUGUAUUUAGAAGGGUCUUACAAAUAUGCAGUGGAGGACGAGCCGUUUACAUACACGUGCUUAAUCCGACAAGCAGCUGGUCUUGUGGAUACAGUGGCAUUUUUCAAUGGAAAUUCUGCUGGUCCAGUUGCUAGUUUUGAACAGAAUGGUGGUUCAUGUUCCGUGCUUAUACCGGAACCAGACGAAUACUCGGCAUCCUGUGGGCCUGGAACUGACAGCAACUUGUCCACCUACAAGAACUAUGUUUUAAAGAUCAAAAGCAUUGCAGGACGUUACGAAACAAACUGGUGGUGUGGACUGAAUACAGCUAAACAAUUCACUAGUAACGUGUAUCUACGUGUUUACAAUGACUAUUGGGGUGUUAAAGGGAGGCCCAAGGUGUCUGGCUUAAGUGCAGGUGCUAUAUCAGGAAUUGUGAUCGGUAUCUUACUGGCUGUUGCUAUACCACGUGGCGUUCAUAGUUUUACAAGAGGGAAAUACAAAAGAAAAAAACAGGUGCACAGAACGAACAAACAGAACGGACAACUGAAGAACAACAAAAUACAGUCGACAACCUUGCCUUCGCCUCUAACUAGUGUCCCGAUAUGGAAGGCAAAAUGACACUAACCC